AUGAACAAAAUUUUGAGAGGAGUUGUACAGUUUCGGCAAACCGUGCGGAAAGAUUUGGCGAAACAAUUUGCAGAAAUUCAAGAUCAUCCAACUGUAAGUGUUUUCUUAUUGACUUUACCAUUUAUAUUUGCAUUUUUUUCAGCCAACUGCUGUUAUGUUUACUUGCAUGGAUUCUCGAAUGCUUCCCACAAGAUUCACCCAAUCUCAGGUUGGAGAUAUGUUUGUUGUGAGAAAUGCUGGCAAUAUGAUUCCCGAUGCUCCAACUUAUGGCGCAUUUUCCGAAGUCUCUGUGAACACCGAACCCGCUGCUUUGGAACUUGCUGUGAAACGAGGCGGAAUUCGACAUAUUGUUGUUUGCGGACAUUCAGAUUGCAAAGUGAGUUGAAUUGUUAUUGUUUUUCACUUUUACCUAUCAAUUUUCAAAAAAAAAACGUUUUCGCACGAAUAUUUUGUUGAUAAAAAUUACAGUAAACGUUUUGAAUGAACUAUGGCAUUUUUCUCCCAUAUCUGAACGAAGAAAACAUAACAUAAACAUUUUAUGUUAUCAGGCCAUCAACACAUUAUAUGGUUUACAUCAAUGUCCAAAAAAUUUCGAUUCUUCUUCGCCAAUGGAUCAUUGGGUGAGACGAAAUGGAUUUAAUUCAGUGAAACGAUUGAAUGAACGACUUCACCGAGGACCGUCAGCAAUGAAAUUUGAAAAUGAAGUUGUUCCAAGCCAAUCUUUUGAAGCAAUUAUUGAUCCAGUUGAUCGGCUGCCAGUUGAAGAUAAACUUUCACAGGUGAGAUAGGUUCAUUUCUUAUUAUCAGGCUGAACAGUUUUACAUUAAAAUUUUUUUGAAAACAAUUAUGAUCAUUUCCGAAAACAAUACUUCAUUUACCAAAAAUUCCAACUUUUCAGAUUAAUGUCCUUCAACAACUCGUAAACAUUUGCUCACAUGAAUUUUUGAAAGAAUAUUUGGAAUCAGGAAAACUACAUAUUCAUGGAAUGUGGUUCGAUAUUUAUGCUGGUGAAGAUUAUUUGUUCUCAAAGGACAAAAAACAAUUUGUUGUUAUUGAUGUAAGUUAUUUAAUUUUUUCUAAAAUAAAACUCAAUUUAAAACAAUCAUCUUUUUCAGGAGAAAAAUGUGACAGAUCUUAUGGCUGAAUUAGAUGCUAGAUAUCCAGUUCCAGAAGAUGAGAAAGAUCAAAAAGUAGCGUUUGCUCACACUUAA